UUGACUCAAUACGCAGCUAUGACUACAUGUUCGGAACUACCCCCACAAGAGCAUAACAGAGGCCGGUUAACCGAGUCCAAAGUCUACAGAGGGUCUUGAACAAAAUCAACUCCGGCGCUCGGGUUUUCAACAGAAGACCGAAAUUCUCCUUUUGAGAAGCCAGACGUCACAGCCGCACAGCGAUGAGUUCACAGACCAGCUUCGGCAGCAGCAUGCUGUUCCAGACCAUCAACGAUGACCUGAACGCGUCCCUGGCCACGGCGGAUGAGCUGUCCAAAGAGUUCAGCUCCCUCUUUCAGGAAGCCAGCACCCCGACACAGUCUCAGACCAGCUUCGAGAUCGCCAGACAACCGCUGCAAUCAGACAAAUUGUCCAUCUCUGCCUCCGUCACCAGCCCAGAUUCAGGUGGCAGUAGCAAUGGCAAAGCCACUCUCAUGCCCUUUUCCCCGAGCACAUUUCCCCUGGACUCCACAACCUCCUGCAAUAAAAAUAUAUGUUCCUCUCCCAUCCUUAGCCCUAGCCCCCACAAUUCUCCCCAGCUCCGCAGGAAAGCACAUUCCCCGCUGCUCCCCUCGAACAAUUUCCCCUACAGGCAGCCGAGCCCCUGUCACUCGCCCCGCAUGCAACGGCACAGUUCCCCCUUGCACUACAGCCAGGGCCUGCCAGGCUCCCCCAGUUACAGGGAGUCAAACCUUUCCCUGAGUUCCACAGCUUCUUCCUUCAACGAGUCCUCGCCACCCACUGUCUUCCACCCCACCGCCAACCUGUCCCCUUAUGACGCAAACCAGAUGGGCCGCAGGUCGCCGCGGCCAGACAGAAGAAGCCCCUCCCCUAGCCCCUUCAACCAGCAGAUAUCCAGUACUCUACCACGAAACUUUGGUGGCUUCAAGCAAACUGAAGAAGCCAUGCAGCGGCAAAAGAGCCCCAGUAAGUGGAAUGAGUCGGACCUGGACGCAUCCUAUGAGAGGAAGCCUCACCACAGCUAUGACAAUAAAGAAUGGCUGAGACCAUCCGUGCCAAACAGCAGCUGGAGAGAAUCCAACCUUGACGGUCCUCCUCCAACCCCAAGUCCUAAAAAGGAUAGAGUGUCUCACACUCUGCAGCCAGCCCAUCAUGCAUCUCUGCCACGCAACGCACGAAUCUCGGUGCCUCCGGACAUGGUCUCCCCGAACCAAUCCCCCUACCACUCCCAGCCCAUCAUCUCGCGCAUUUCCAUCCCGCCGGUCUCAGCAAACACCCGUCAGCGCAAGCCCAUCCCUCUCUCCGUCAUAAUGCGUCUCCAGAACCCCCACUGGGCCACCGCUCCCACGCACCAUCCGUCGGUGCCCUUGCCCAGAGAGUUCUACCCACAGCCCCCGCCGCCUGAGCUGAAGCAGCCACCUUUCUACGGCGAAGUGCUGAAUCCGGGGGAUAUUGAUGCGGAGUUGGAGCGGCUCGACCUCAUUCAUCACAUGCCUGUCAUAGCUGAGAGUCCCAGCACAUCCGAGGCAGGAGGGGAGGUGCAUGCGGUGCCAGCCCCAGCUCCCCGGCCCCUCAGCCCCACGAGGCUGCAGCCCGUGGUGGCCCCUGAGGCUCAGAUUCAGGAGAUCCCUGACCUGGAGGAGCUGCUCCGUAUCCGGGCGGAGAUCCCCCGCGCCCUGAAGAGACGGGGCUCUGUGGAACAGUCCCGGCCCAUGAAGAAGACCUCCCUUUACCAGCCCAACCAAUACAAACAGCUCAUCAACAAGCUCUUCCGCAGGAAGGGCCUCCAAUAUAAGGGGGAGCAAGGGAGUGAGGCCAGCAGCUCCUCCUCAGAGGAGGAAAGCCCCAUUCCUUCCCCUCAUGGGCCAGUGCCUCAAACAUCCACACAAAUCCCCCAAGACCACAAAGGCUACCAUUCCAUUCUGCGGCGGUCCAAGCAGAACAAACCAUCUGGACGACGGGCUCGGCUUAGCCCUCUUGUCCUUCUGUUAGACGGAGCCCUCGUUGGAGAACUAGACACAGUACAGAAGGCCGUGCAGGAGAUGAAUGACCCCAGCCAACCCAAUGAUGAGGGUAUCACGGCCCUUCACAACGCCAUCUGUGGGGGCCACUACAAUUUGGUCGACUUCCUGGUUCGUAUCGGGGCCAACGUAAGCGCCCCCGACAGCCAUGGCUGGACUCCUCUGCACUGUGCAGCUUCUUGUAAUGACCGUCCUCUGUGUGAGUUUUUGGUGAGGAACGGUGCGGCUGUAAUGGCCGUGACAGAGAGCGACGGGGCCACCGCUUCCCAGAAGUGCGAUCCCUACGCCGUGGGGUAUGAGGAGUGUGAGAACUUCUUGAGGGGUGUGGAGGAGGCGAUGGGUGUGGAGAACAGCGGGGUGCUGUAUGCCUUGUGGAAUUAUCCAUCUCAGGCCCCGGAUGAGCUGAGCUUCAAAGAGGGGGACAUGGUGACCAUCCUGCAGAAACAAGACAGAAUGGACUGGUGGUGGGCCUCCCUCUGUGGCAGAGAGGGUUUCGUCCCAAACAACUACUUCGGGCUUUUCCCAAAGGUUCGACCGAGGUCACUCUGCUGAACGGCUCCUCAGGAUCCGACACCCCUCCCGUUAGCACUGAGGAUAAAUAUUUCUUUGCUCUCUGAUAUUUUCACAUAACACCUGAUGGCCUUUUCCCUGCCGUCUCUUUUUGAUUAAUCAAGCCUGGGCUUUAUAGGUCAAAUUUGGAUAUUGAAUUUGAAUGUGUCUGCGCGACGUUAUGAAAAGGCAGCGUCACUGGAGCGGAAGACGAGUCGAGUUUGUUUUGAAAGUCGUGCCGGCCUAACUGUCAAGGAUGGGGUAACUGAAUGUGUGUGUCAUGGGGAUUGCAAGGUGUAGUUUUAUAUUGUUUAUUAACUGUGGAAUGCAUUUCUUGCCAUGCAAGCUAGACCUAUUUACCACACUUAAACUGCCUGUUAAAAAAAUGAGUGUAUUAAUAAUUUUCUCGACCGCAGCGGCUGCGGGAUGAAAAAAAAACCAAAACAACCACAUUUAUCAAUUUUCAAGUCAGAUGUUGGUUUUAGAACAAAAGACCGUCUGGAAGAGGAUCGGUUUCUUGCUAAUGGCUGGUAGAGUUGAAAAACAUACCAGCAAUUUGACCUAAGGCUGCUUCCCACCCUGGCUUUGAACUGUACCCAUAGUUUAGUUUCUGUCAUGUUGUGUAUUAAAAGAAAUUCUGUGGAUGAGUUUUUUUUUUUUCCUGUUACCCACUUUUUUCUUUUUUUUCCUUUGGUAUGUGUGUUUGUAGACAAAAGUGAAAUGUUAAGGAUUUCUAUGUCGAGGGAUAAUACGGCCAACAAGUGUUCAACUUUGCAAUAAAUAAAGGCACGUA